CUCCCCUCCUUGCCGCCGCCAGGUGAGGCCUCUCCACGCCAUAGCCGUCGCCAACGCCAUGACCGAGCUCUACUCCGGCGCGAUCAAGCUCGACGCCGUCGUCUUCUUCCUCGGGGAGCGACGCCCGCAUCUCCUUCUUCUUUCUCGACCUCGCAAGCGCCCAUUCGAGCCACGGAUCGACCUCCUCCUUGACGUCUUCUUCCCCUGCUUCCUCUGCUUCAUGGACCCGAAGCCCCGCCAAGUCCACCGCCGCCGUUCAGCGCACUUCCCCGCCGUCUCCACUGCGUUCCGGUUGAACUACGACGUCGCCGAAACCCGUGGUAAUGCAAUGAUCAUGACGUGAGAGCGAUGUUUACAUGUUUUGGAGUUCUUCUUCUUCGUCAAUCUUGGGAUAGGUUCCUGGUCGGCAGCCUGGACUAGCAGGGUGGAUGUCGUUUGAGUUUUUGUUUUUGUUUCAUCCGUAGUCGGAUGUUGUUCUCAUGUAUGAUGUUUGAUGUAUUCAUGUGACAUUUGUGUGCCUUUGUAUGUAUCCCCAACUAUUAUGUAAUGAUACGAUGUAAUGA